AUGGUUCAGUGGUACGCAUCCCCAGAGCUUCAAUCGCAUCACGACCAUGCGUUCGGAACUCGGAGACCAGGGACGCGGACCCUCCCCCCAGGCCACGACGAGGGGAGCUUCCUGCGUGUCCUAGAUGAGUUCCGAGCCGCCAUUGGCCAGGAAAAUGUCAUCGUCGACGACGAUCUGGUUAACUUCCGUGACCCGUAUCCCUUGUUUGAGGAGGGGUUCGAGGCCUCGGCUGGAUUAUGCCCGUCUACUGUCGAGGAAAUCCAGGCAAUCCUCAAGAUAGCCAACCAGCACCAAGUCCCCAUGUGGACCUGCUCACAGGGAAAGAACUUUGGAUAUGGUGGGCCUGCACCUCGAGUUGCUGGAUCCAUGGUGCUCUCUCUCCAGCGCAUGAAGCGCAUCUUGGAAGUCAACGAGAAGCUGGCCUACAUCGUGGUCGAGCCUGGUGUAACCUUCUUCGAUGUCUACAACCACCUUGUCGAGAACAAGCUUGACCUCUGGGUCUCUGUCCCGGCUUUGGGCUGGGGAAGUGUGACUCUAGAUCGCGGCCACGGCUAUACCAUCUCGGGAGAUCGCCAGCACUUCAUCGGCAGCCUGGAGGUGGUGCUGGCCUCGGGGGAUGUCCUCCGAACUGGCCAGUGGGCUGUGCCUAAUUCCCCCAGCGCAUAUGCUUGCCCUAAUAGCUUCGGCCCUCAGGUCGAUGGCCUCUUCCUGCAGAGCAACCUGGGCAUUGUCACAAAGAUGGCUGUGGCCCUCGACGUGGCCCCAGCGUCUUUCAUGGGCGUUAAUGUCUACUGUCCCGAGGUCGAGGAUAUUGCUCCCCUCAUCGAUACACUCCAGAUACAGGAAGUUGUCACCCAGAAUCUUCCCAACGCCUGGACCGAGCAUAAGCUCUACGAGGGCAAGGAUGGCAGGCCUGUGGACAAUAGCGAGAUCGGAACACUCCCUGCCGGUGUUCCUUCAAUGCUCGCCGUGAAACUCGCCGACUAUAACCUUCCUGCCGAUGGGACAGGAGCGGGUGCGCACAUCGACACUACCCUCAUCCUUCCGUGUGAGGGCAACACCGUCUUGACGUGGUUCCGAAAGGCAAAGGCCAUCAUGGAGGAGCAGGGUGUUGACCCAUUCAUUGGUUGUCACGUCUUCUCAAAGUACAUCCUCUUUGUUCAGGAGUACGUCUUUGACAAGACUAGUACCAAGGCCCGUGAGGGUGGCCGCAAGGUUGUCAAGGCCCUGCUUACCGAGGCAGAGAAGAAUGGAAGAUUCGUCGAGACUCUUAAGGCUGCCGUGGAUCCAAAUGGCAUCCUAUCUCCUGGAAAGCAGGGCAUCUGGCCACUCAGAAAUCUGGUUUAUCUACCUUUGCGCAGGGGUUGA